UGCCCAUCUGCAGAGCUCCGUCUCUGUCUCACUAUGGAGACUACAACCUGUAAUGGAUCGGUGGAUGGCUCCCCAGUAUUCUAUCUAGUGGGCAUCCCUUCUCUCCCUGAAUCCUUCUUCCUCCCUGUGUUUUUUAUUUUCUUGCUCUUCUAUGUUCUCAUCCUUAUGGGGAAUGCCCUGAUCUUGGUGGCUGUGGUGGCAGAACCCAGUCUCCAUAAGCCCAUGUACUUCUUUCUAAUCAACCUCUCUGUCCUGGACAUCCUCUUUACCACAACCACUGUCCCCAAGAUGCUGUCCCUAUUCCUACUUGGGGACCACUUCCUCAGCUUCCCUGCCUGCUUAUUGCAGAUGUACCUUUUCCAAAGUUUCACAUGCUCUGAAGCCUUCAUCCUGGUGGUCAUGGCCUAUGAUCGCUAUGUGGCUAUCUGCCGCCCGCUGCAUUACCCUGUCCACAUGACCCCCCAGAACAACGCUGCACUGGCGGCCAGUGCCUGGUUCAUUGCCCUGCUCCUGCCCAUCACAGCAGUGAUAAAGACCUCCCAGAUGGCAUAUAACAACAUCGCUUACAUCUACCAUUGCUUCUGUGACCACUUGGCUCUCGUUCAGUCCUCCUGCUCUGACACAGCCCCCCAGACCCUUAUGGGCUUCUGCAUUGCCAUGGUGGUGUCCUUCCUGCCCCUUCUCCUGGUGCUUCUCUCCUAUGCCCACAUCCUGGCUUCAGUGCUUCGCAUCAACUCCCGAGAAGGACGCUCAAAAGCCUUCUCCACCUGCAGCUCCCACCUCCUGGUGGUUGGCACCUACUACUCAUCCAUUGCUGUGGCCUACGUGGCUUACAGGGCUGACCUGCCCCUUGACUUCCACAUCAUGGGCAAUGUAGCAUAUUCUAUUCUCACGCCAAUCCUCAACCCUCUCAUCUACACACUGAGAAACAAAGAUGUCAAGGCAGCCAUCACCAAAAUCGCAUGUAUCAAGAUCCAGUCUGGGACAGGAGCCCUUGAUCUUUAAAUGCAACUAAUUCUUUCAGA